AUGUUCGUGAACAACGUCAAGUUCGAAGUGGACGAGGAUGAGGCUCCCACUGGCAUCGAAAUGAUGUCCGGCGAGACCCGUGGUCCGUUUCCGGUCAAGGAACUCAGAAUGUCCAACAGUGAGGCCGAGUUUGCGAUCACGUUAGUCGAUCAAAUGGGCAACAAACACUAUUUCGACGUGGAUUCCAUAGAUCCGCUGAUAAAAAGGAUUAAACCCUGCCCUAACGCACUCGAAGCGAACUGUAUUCUUUUUCAUGUCGAGUCUCUGAUUCAAAUACUGAUAACUCGAGACGUCCAUUACGGUGACGAUCUUGUGGCGAUCUUUCUCCCACAGCAGCAACCCUCGACAGCUUCCGAGGACUCUGAGAAAAAUCUUAAGGAUAUCCUUGUCCAAAAUGCCACAUCGCCAAAGUUCAACAACAUUGACAAUCUGAAUGCUCACCAAAAAUUCUACUGUAAAGGAAAUCCUCGAGUGGUGGUCGCUGCUCCGCCAACGCUUGUGCCCAGUAUUCGCCACGGAACGGCGGCCGUUGCUCCUCCUCAAAAUGUGAUUUUGGUGCCUAUCGCCUAUCAUGAACAUCAACAUGAAAUGGUUCAGCUGCUCGGUCCUCCACAGACCAUAGUGCCGGUGGCGAUAGGACGUCCUGCGGUUGCACAGAAUGGUGUUCCUCAGCUCGCCGUUCCACUCACCGAGCCGCUAAUGGUUCAUCGCAGUCUGUGCGGUGUCGUGCGUACCCCGACAAGGCUCCAAUUUGCUGUCGGCGAUCUUGCCGUCACCAUUCCAAUCGUGCCCGUAGAAAUGAGGUUAGGAAACAGGCACGAUUAUCCCACAAUUUUUUCGGCCACUGAUAGAAUUGGCGGUUUUUUCAGCGGUUUGGCCGGAGGGCUUAAACGCACCAUGGAGCGGCCAACGUCAACACCACUCGAUCUUUCAAAACGGCGAAGAGAACCUGAGUCAGGCAGUUCUGGUUCGACAACACCGACAAAUAUUCCUAGGGCUUCUCACUCGGACUGGAGAACCGUUCCCUAUGUGCAACUGUGGCAGUUUCAAUUUUCGGCCGAUGAAACACUGAAAGCACAUCGUCAGUACUACUGCAAACUGGUCGAACGAGAAGAUGACAGCAGCAAGGAGCCACCAAAAAAGGUAAAAACUCGAUGUAACCACUGUGAGUUCGAACCUGGCUCACUGUCACAGUUGUCCGUGCACGUGCGAACAAUGCACAAUGACGUACAAGCGUACGUUUGCCGUCUGUGUGGAUAUCGAGGAUUCAGCCUCCGGGGGAUUCGUUGUCACAUGAGGUGA